AUGGCGAGUGAGACACUAGUGGGCUGUGGCGGUGUCCCGUGGGAGCGCCUCGUACCGGGGAAUGCAUUGGCGAGGUCGGGCGGGCCCCACUCGUGGCGCGGCUGCACGAUACAGUGGAACAUGACGCGCCCGCCGCCGGUCGACUGGCGGGCCGUGCUCGGCGCGCAGCCUCCGCGGGAUGCGCCCUGUGUCGCCCGCGCGCUCGCCCCUCUCCCUUCCGACGCCUGUUUGCACCCUCCUACGUCACGGUACCGCCGUGACCUCACAACGGUUCACAACAGUCCACACAAAGUACGCAAUACAUUUUUAUAA